CUCGAGCGCGAGGCAAACAGACGGCCGGGUGUCGGGCCCUCCUCCUCCUCCUCAUCCAUUCGCCUGAGGAAAGAGAAGUCGCUCUCGUUCUUCCUCCCUCCUCCUCCUCCCUCAACCCCUCUUCCUCCCGGCUCUCCCUUUGACUGUUCCCGCGCGCGAGUGCCAGGCGCUGGCGAUGGUUCUGACCUCCAUGCGGCGCGCGCGCUAAUCCCCCCCGCCCGCCUCGCCUCGCCUCGCCGUGUUCCACCCCCGCCUCGGGGAAGAGCGCCGCGCGGAACCGUCGCCUCCGCCUCCGCCGCGCUCUCUCGCCAGACAAGGGCCCGCCCCGUCCCACCCUUCCUCAACACUCCCCCCGCCGCCGCCGCCACACACAGCACUGGGCGACGUGGAGCCGGCGAGACGCGGCCCCCACCGGGACCAUCAACAUGGCGAGUGCCUCGUACCACAUCUCCAACUUGCUGGAGAAAAUGACGUCGAGCGACAAGGACUUCAGGUUUAUGGCAACAAAUGACUUGAUGACUGAACUACAGAAAGAUUCUAUCAAGUUAGAUGAUGAUAGUGAAAGGAAGGUUGUGAAAAUGAUUCUGAAGUUGCUGGAAGAUAAAAAUGGUGAAGUACAAAAUCUAGCAGUCAAAUGCCUUGGGCCGCUGGUGAGUAAAGUGAAAGAAUACCAAGUGGAGACAAUUGUAGAUACCCUCUGUACUAACAUGCUUUCUGAUAAAGAGCAGCUACGUGAUAUUUCAAGCAUUGGCCUUAAAACAGUCAUUGGAGAACUUCCUCCUGCUUCUAGUGGUUCUGCAUUAGCAGCAAAUGUUUGUAAAAAGAUCACUGGGCGUCUUACCAGUGCUAUCGCCAAGCAAGAGGAUGUGUCUGUUCAGUUAGAGGCCUUAGACAUCAUGGCUGAUAUGCUAAGCAGGCAAGGAGGAUUGCUCGUUAACUUCCAUCCUUCUAUUCUGACAUGCCUGCUUCCUCAGCUGACUAGUCCAAGGCUUGCUGUGAGAAAAAGAACCAUCAUUGCUCUUGGUCAUCUUGUUAUGAGUUGUGGAAACAUAGUGUUUGUUGACCUCAUUGAGCAUCUGUUGACAGAGCUUUCUAAAAAUGAUUCCAUGUCAACAACAAGGACCUAUAUACAGUGUAUUGCUGCCAUCAGUAGGCAAGCAGGUCAUAGAAUAGGUGAAUACCUAGAAAAAAUUAUCCCUUUGGUAGUAAAAUUCUGUAAUGUAGAUGAUGAUGAGCUUCGAGAAUAUUGCAUUCAAGCAUUUGAAUCUUUUGUUAGGAGAUGUCCUAAAGAAGUUUAUCCUCAUGUAACUACCAUUAUAAACAUUUGUCUUAAGUACCUUACAUAUGAUCCCAACUACAAUUAUGAUGAUGAAGAUGAAGAUGAGAAUGCUAUGGAUGCUGAUGGUGGAGAUGAUGAUGAUCAAGGGAGCGAUGAUGAAUACAGUGAUGAUGAUGACAUGAGCUGGAAAGUUAGACGUGCAGCUGCGAAAUGCUUGGACGCUGUAGUCAGUACACGACAUGAAAUGUUACCAGAGUUCUACAAGACAGUGUCUCCNNAUCUGCUGGGCUUUCUGCAAAGUGCCAAAAGUUUACUUCUGUCUGAACGUCUGUGGUCCUCAUAUUUACUUAAGAAUCACACAAAACCUGUAGGCUUGUUUAUAAAAAAACGCUAACUGCUGACCAUUGUAACAAGUAUAUAAUAAUUACAGGUUCCCAACAUUGUUAAAGCCUUGCACAAACAGAUGAAGGAGAAGAGUGUGAAGACUCGUCAGUGUUGUUUUAACAUGCUAACAGAGUUGGUCAAUGUGUUGCCUGGGGCUCUCACACAGCAUAUUCCUGUACUUGUCCCAGGGAUAAUUUUUUCAUUGAAUGACAAAUCAAGUUCUUCUAAUCUGAAGAUAGAUGCUUUAUCGUGUUUGUAUGUGAUCCUCUGCAAUCACACACCCCAAGUUUUUCACCCUCAUGUUCAAGCAUUGGUGCCUCCUGUUGUGGCAUGCGUUGGAGACCCAUUUUAUAAAAUAACAUCUGAGGCGCUGUUGGUUACCCAGCAGCUUGUGAAAGUCAUUCGGCCUCUGGAUCAGCCUUCUUCUUUUGAUGCAAGCCCUUACAUCAAAGAUUUGUUUACAUGUACAAUCAAGAGACUCAAAGCUGCUGAUAUUGACCAGGAAGUAAAAGAGAGGGCAAUCUCCUGUAUGGGUCAAAUCAUUUGCAGUCUCGGCGACAAUCUUGGCUCUGACCUUCCUAGUACACUUCAGAUCUUCUUAGAGAGACUAAAAAACGAGAUCACUCGGCUAACCACUGUGAAGGCUUUGACUCUGAUAGCUGGUUCUCCACUGAAGAUAGAUCUGAGGCCAGUUCUAGGAGAAGGUGUUCCUAUUCUUGCUUCUUUCCUCCGAAAGAACCAGCGAGCUCUGAAACUAGGAACUCUUUCUGCUUUAGAUAUAUUAAUCAAAAACUACAGUGACAGCUUGACAGCUGCUAUGAUUGAUGCUGUCCUGGAUGAGCUUCCACCUCUCAUCAGUGAGAGUGAUAUGCAUGUGUCACAAAUGGCCAUUAGUUUUCUGACCACCCUUGCUAAAGUUUAUCCUUCUUCUCUCUCGAAAAUCAGUGGCUCCAUACUGAAUGAACUUAUUGGACUAGUGAGGUCACCAUUAUUGCAGGGUGGAGCACUUAGUGCCAUGCUAGAAUUUUUCCAAGCUCUGGUUGUGACUGGAACAAGUAACUUAGGAUAUAUGGACUUAUUGCGUAUGUUAACAGGCCCAGUGUACUCUCAGAGUACAGCACUUACUCACAAGCAGUCUUAUUAUUCCAUUGCCAAAUGUGUAGCUGCCCUUACACGAGCAUGCCCUAAAGAGGGACCAGCAGUAGUAGGUCAGUUUAUUCAAGAUGUUAAGAACUCAAGGUCAACAGAUUCCAUCCGUCUCCUUGCUUUGCUUUCUCUUGGGGAAGUUGGACACCACAUUGACUUAAGUGGACAAAUAGAGCUAAAAUCUGUAAUAUUAGAAGCAUUCUCCUCUCCAAGUGAAGAAGUGAAAUCAGCAGCUUCUUACGCAUUGGGCAGCAUCAGUGUUGGCAAUCUUCCUGAAUACCUCCCAUUUGUCUUACAAGAAAUUACUAGUCAACCUAAAAGGCAAUACCUUCUGCUCCAUUCCUUGAAGGAGAUAAUUAGCUCCGCAACAGUGCAAGGCCUCAAACCAUAUGUGGAGAGCAUCUGGUCUUUGCUCCUGAAACACUGUGAGUGUGCAGAAGAGGGUACCAGAAAUGUUGUUGCUGAAUGCUUGGGGAAGCUUACUUUAAUAGACCCAGAGACUCUGCUACCGCGCCUUAAAGGAUAUUUGCUUUCAGGAUCAUCAUAUGCUCGAAGUUCAGUGGUCACUGCUGUGAAGUUCACAAUCUCUGACCAUCCACAGCCCAUAGACCCAUUAUUAAAGAAUUGUAUAGGUGACUUUUUGAAAACAUUGGAAGAUCCAGAUCUUAAUGUGAGACGAGUAGCUCUGGUAACAUUUAAUUCAGCAGCACACAAUAAACCAUCACUAAUAAGGGACCUUUUAGAUACUGUGCUUCCACAUCUUUAUAAUGAAACAAAAGUGAGAAAGGAACUAAUAAGAGAGGUUGAAAUGGGGCCAUUUAAGCAUACAGUUGAUGAUGGUCUUGAUAUUAGAAAGGCAGCUUUUGAGUGUAUGUACACUCUGUUAGAUAGCUGCCUUGAUAGGCUAGACAUCUUUGAAUUCUUAAACCAUGUGGAAGAUGGUUUGAAGGAUCACUAUGAUAUUAAGAUGCUAACAUUUUUAAUGCUGGUGAGACUGUCUACCCUAUGUCCAAGUGCAGUUUUGCAGAGGCUGGAUAGACUGGUUGAACCCUUACGUGCUACAUGUACAACCAAGGUAAAAGCAAAUUCUGUGAAGCAGGAAUUUGAAAAGCAAGAUGAACUGAAGCGAUCUGCCAUGAGAGCAGUAGCGGCACUAUUAACCAUUCCAGAAGCAGAAAAGAGUCCACUGAUGAGCGAAUUUCAGUCACAGAUAAGCUCUAAUCCUGAGCUUGCAGCCAUUUUUGAAAGCAUCCAGAAAGAUUCAUCGUCCACUAAUUUGGAAUCAAUGGACACUAGUUAGAUACUCAGAAUGGGAACCAUUAAUUUGAACCAUACAAUGCACUGAAUUGACAAGUUAAAAGCAAACAUACAGAAAAGUAUCUAAUAUUCACAAUGUUCCAUUUUACCUUUAUGGAGACAGUUUGGCUAUUUCCCAUUGUUGCUUUUUUAGCAUUUAUUCCAGAAAUAUGUAUUUCCAUAACUCAAAAGUUGUAAACCACUCAAGUUUUAGUGGAUUUGGACACACAUUAAAUAGAAAUAAAAGGUUAAAACGCAUGGUGUAUGGAAAUAGAUUCCAACAUCUGUUUGCCCUGUAAUGUUUAGGAUUAAAAGUUUAAAAAUUUGUGACCAUGAUUUUCCUUUUCCUUUUUUCUUGAUAUAAAAAUCUUCUGUGUUUUUGUAUAACUUUUGUCUUUCUGUUUCAGCUACAUGAAUUGAUUUGGCUGGCAGUUUAAAAAUUGUGUAAGACUUAUUAUCUUGCAGAGGUCUUGGGCACAGUUUAAAAAAUGCCUACAUGUCCUUUUUAAAGGUGUGGGAGUAAUCAGUUCCCUGUUGUGCACACUAAUUUUGCAUGAACAAGUUUACAAAUAUAUGUUAUGUGUAAAAUAGUAUGUGCCGUUUAUUAAUAAUUAAGUUCAAAUGAGUACUGUUCAAAUGAGUACUGUUGUAUCACUGCAAUUUUAAGGUGUCAAUCCUUUCCAUAGCAAACUCAGGUGAUUAAGUUUGGAAGAGAAAUGGGGAUAUCCAAAAAUAAGAUGGUGUUUUCUAUACUUACCCUAGGUAUAUCAAGGUAUUUAAAUUUGUAAACUAAAUUUUUUUUUUAAGCCACAGACAGAAGAUAAAUUGCUUGAGCAGAACUUUUGAGCUUCUAGUAUCAGUGCUUGUGAUACUUGAGCCUAUAGCUGUGGGGAAUGGUCUAAAGCAGGCAUAGGCAACCUUGGCUCUCCAGAUGUUUUGAAACGACAACUCCCAUCUUCCCUGACCACUGGCCCUCCUAGCUAGGGAUCAUCGGAGUUGUAGUCCAAAAACCGCUGGAGACCCAAGUUUGGGAAACAGUUUUAAAGAAACAGGAGACUAUGUCUGUCAGUGAAGUUCAUGAUUGACAGCACAUGACAAAUUAAAUUAUGUGGUGGUAAAAAGGGGGGUCAUUAAAAUACCAUUCAGAAAAUAUUUUUUAAUAAUGGUGGGCACAGGAUAACUACUGGAUAAAAUGAAAUUCUUCAGCAAUACUUCUAUUUCACAUACUGCAAAGGUGAAGGAUCUGGGCCCAGCCUUAGGCAAUCCUAGAAAGGGUAGAAUUAAUAGCUUGGCUAAUAAGAGAUACUAUUGAAUGAAGUUCAUGGGAGGAGAGUUUCCUGUUCCCUUCUUGCCCCUGCCAUCACCUGAACCCCUCCCUCAAUAUUGGUUCAAUUUUAUGUGGUUUUCUCCUUAGUAAUCUUCAACCCAUACAAUAUUUUCAAGAGAUGCUUUUGUGGAGUACAGGAGACCAGAAAUUUUCCUUUUGUGAACUUACUUUACCCUAGGUUCCGUGCCCAUAGCAACUGGAAAAACUGGAUUUACUUGGGAAAAACCCUUCUACUUCAUUAUUCUACGGCCAGUGUUCAUAUUUACUGCUAGAAAGAUAGAAGCAGGAAACUUAGAAAUUAAUAGAAAGAAAAAGGGUAUUUUCCUCCCAUCUUAAGCCUUGCACUGUUUUGGCAAAUAGUAGCAACCUGUUACAUAGGAGUAGAUGGACAAUGGAAGACUAUGUUCGAGUAAAUUCAUUGUGAGCUUUCUGACAUGUAUGUUCUUGUUGCCUAUGUUCUCUGAGCCCUCUAAAGGUUCUCAGUAUAGUAAAAUGGAAAAAAAAGUUGCAUCAUAAGAAACUCUAGGUAGUGGGUUCUAAGAAUAAUAAGCACUAAGUAGCAAAUGGGUAUUUUACUGAAACUAACGGACAAAAAAUGCUUAACAGGUGCUGAAAUUCAAGUGGAGUCCAGACUUGCCAGUGGUGGGUCAGAUAAACUGGUUUUCCUACAAACUGACACAAGCCUUCUGUUAGAUAGCAGAAUUCCGAGCACAAUUCAAACUUGGUUCUGACCUUUAAAGCCCUAAAUGGCUUCGGCCCAGUAUAGCUAAAGGAGCAUCUUCACCCCCAUCAUUCAGCCCGGACACUGAGGUCCAGCUCUGAGGGCCUUCUGACGGUUCCCUCCCUGCGAGAAGUGAAGUUACAGGGAACCAGUCAGAGGAACUUUUUGGUUGGUUGUGGCGCCUGCCCUGUGGAACGCCUUCCCAUCAGAUGUCAAAGAAAUAAACAACUAUCUGACAUUUAGAAGACAUCUGAAGGCAGCCCUG